AAGAAGAAGAAGAAGAAGAAGAAGAAGAAGAAGAAGAAGAAGAAGAGGCUCCUCACACAUCCCUCAACAGAAUGCACCUCACGCCUUCCUCGCGUCCCAAAACAUACAAAAUGUUGUUACAGAGUUAAAAAAUUUUAUUUUAAGAUUAAUAAAUAGAAGUCGGCAAAGACAAACCAUGAAGGCUGCCAUCACAAUCUCCUUGGUGUUCUUUAGCGUGGCGGUGAGGGCGGCGGGCGAGGCUGAGGCCUCGGGGACAAACAAGUCGCUAACGGACGUCGUGGCACCGGCCGAGGGGAGCUUGCUGGAAGGUUGGCAGCUCCUGGAGGGAUACCAGCAGGCCUAUGGGGACCUGCCGGAGGACGUGUCUGGGGCAAAGGACGAGGAUCACAGCCUCGCACCAGAAGCCCUCGAGACUACCGGCCAAAAGAGCAGCGUGGACACGUGUGUCCUUGGCGCGGCUCUGACGCAGCCCGGCCUCAAAGAUACGCAUGUUCCUGGUGAGGGUCUGAGGCAGACCGGCCUCCAAUCCCAAGACGAGAUCACUCAAGGCCUCAAGCCAGAGGAAGAACGGCGGGCCGCCCUUCACCAACGGACCGCCCAGCCAGAAGUGGCGGUUCCUUCAACGGACAGCGAGGCUCCUGCGACGGAGGGCGAGGUCCCUUUGACAGAGGACGAGGUCCCUUCGACGGAGGACGAGGCCCCUUUAACAAAGGACGAGGUCCCUUCGACGGAGGACGAGGUCCCUUCGACAGAGGGCGAGGGUCCUGCAACGGAGGACGAGGUCCCUUCGACGGAGGACGAGGUCCCUUCGACAGAGGACGAGGUCCCUUCGACGGAGGACGAGGUCCCUUCGACGGAGGACGAGGUCCCUUCGACGGAGGACGAGGUCCCUUCGACAGAGGGCGAGGGUCCUGCAACGGAGGACGAGGUCCCUUCGACGGAGGACGAGGUCCCUUCGACAGAGGGCGAGGGUCCUGCAACGCAAGACGAGGUCCCUUCGACGGAGCUCGAGGUCCCUUCGACAGAAGUCGAGGUCCCUUCGACGGAGGGCGAGGUUCCUUCGACGGAGGACGAGGGUCCUGCGAUGGAUGGCAAGGGUCUUGCAGCGGACGGUGAGGGUCUAGAGGCGGACGGUGAAAACGACAUCGCCGAAGCGUCUCAUUUGAAGCCCGCGAGGAAGGUCGUGGGCGCCGUCGCCGCGGCCGUCCUGCCCGGAGCCAGGAUGUUAUCGGAGAGCCCCGUGACGGCCCGCUGGAAGGUGUGGCUGCUGUUCACCGGCAGCUUGAUCAUCGCCGCCUGGAGGGUGCACAUCUGGAGGCUGCGGCGGCGGCCACGUCAGGACAAAGCCUCGUGAGGGGCGAGUGGCGCCUCCUGUCUUGUGUUCCUUAUAUUGUCUCAAGUUAUCAUGACCAUUAUUACUACUCUCUCUCUCUCUCUCUCUCUCUCU